GCUCAGGCCCAGGCCCAGGCCCAGAGUUUCCAAAUGCAUAGUCCUAAUAUGAGAGAGCGCACACCAUCGAGAGAUCCAUCAUAUUCGAACAGCCCACGGCCUCAGAGGCAGGAACCCAGAGUCAGUCCAAGGCAAACUUCACCACAAUCAUCAGUGAUACAGAGCCCAGUUGGUAAUAGUUUGCAAGUACAAGAAUCACAGGUUCCGCAGAAGGCAACGUCAGCUCCAUCACCUUUGCCGGAAGACGGCAAUAAGCAGUCAAAGAGCAUGAAACAGAUUUCCAAGCAUGAGCCUAUUCAAAGUCUGCUGGGCAACCAUGCACCCAAUGACAUUCUGUAUCUCAUAUGUAGAGUGUGUAAUCAAACGUACGGUAGUCCCUAUGGUUUCAGAAGGCACUUCCGGAACCAACAUAGAUUUGAACCUCAGGCUCACCACACCCUCGUUCAAACCAUAUCGGAGACGCGGUCUGCACUUCACCCGCCAGGUUUGGAGGGCAGUGAAAUGCCACCAACCCUAGAAGUUCAGAGCUCACCAGGGUUGCAACAUCCACCUGCAAACUCUGACGGUCAAAUGGACAGACUGUUAGAUAUAGACCGACAUUCCCCUGUGACCAUAAGCGAUUCACUACCAGAACAAAAAGGUGUUAUCGCCAAUGGCGUGGGUUCUGACAGUAGACCAUCAUCUGUCAUGUCCGGUACAGAAGGUAAAAGUGAUUCCAGUAGUGGAAGUGAGGACAAGUGUCUGAGCUCCAGGUCAAAGUUGUCAACAGAUCCCGAAGAUAGCCAAGAGCGCCGCUUCCUUAGUUGCCAAGAGUGUGGUGAGAAAUUCCAACUAAAUGAUUUUGGACUUUACAAAAAGCACUGCAGGGCUCACGAGAAAGAGCGGCAAGGGAAAUUUAAAUGCACUGAUUGCAGGAGUUCUUUUUGUGAAUCUCACCAAAUGCAGGAUCAGCAGUUCAGACAAGGGUCGACAGUGAAACGAUCUCAUUUGUGCCAUUUGUGUAACCUGUUUUUUCCAAAUUCUACCGCCUUAGCUCAGCAUAUUGAAAUGGAUCACAGACUGGAGGAGAUACAGCAACAUGAGCUCCGCCAACAGGCGAUGCAACAGUGCGAAUCUUACGAAUGUAUUCCAUGUAAACAGCAGUUCAAAGAUUUGCAAACAUACGUUGAGCAUCAGCAAGUAUGUUUGUGUGCGUCAGACGAAUCUAAGGGCAAAGGUGGAGAGGAGGAGAAGCUGCCAGCUCAGUCCUGUGCCUCAGUGGAGUCUCCAGACGCGUCGUUAGGGAGAAACGAGGAUAGUCAACAAGCUGUCAAAAGCGGACCAAAUUCCCCUGUAGUGAAUACUGGAGAUUUGGUAUGGAAGAAGAAAAGUGCCAUAAAACUGUCUCAGCCUGAAAGCAAUUCCUCACUGGCACCUGUAUUUGUGAAUGGUGACUCUAAGGAUUCUACUGAUGAGAGCGCCGACCUCUAUCGCCACAAAAAGUUCAGUCGUCUCCCCGCGAAACGUCGAGACAGUGACCUGGAGUCUUUGGACAGUGUUUCAAGUAGUAGUAAGAAGAUGAAACUAGAUGUUCCACCUGUGGAAGAGGCGAGAAGGACAUCAUCAUGCUCUUCCACCGCCCCAAGUCCUGCAGGUAGUUCAGUUAGGUCUGCCUGCAGUUCACCCAACAGUGCAAUAGACGAACCAUCCGUUAAAACGGACUUUAAGAAGCAUUCUAAAUUUGCCAAGGGCAUGAAGUACGUGAGCGGUCUGAACACCAAAGGGGAUGUUUCCCCAUCUCCAGAUGCUGGAAAUUCUGGUUCCAAAAGUUUGCGGGACAAGUCUAAGUCUGAUGAGGGAACUACCCGAGUGAAACGAGGAGAUAGAAAAGACAAAAACAAGAAAAGUGGUGGGGACAAGGCCGAGGCCCGUCACCAACUCCCGUUUGUUUGGGAUAGGGUCACCAGGAGCAAAGCUGUGAAACAUGCGAAAAAAUAAGUGCUUUUGUUGUGUGUAUAUAAUGGUUAAGUGUGUGACCGAUUUUACUACGUACAUCCUGUCCCCUGGCGACAGGCUCUGUUGGAUCAGUGUUUGUGCUGUGUACGAGAGACAGACUUCAUGCUUAUGUGAUGGAAUACUAUAUAUACGGCUUGGUGAAACAGUGGACAUUUUGGUGGAUUACACUAUCUUAUGGUGCUUUUACUAAGAGAAUCACACGAUUUAUGUAUUUCUCUAUAAAACUUUCUCUAUGUCGUUUUAAACGUCAUUAUUGAUGUGUACAGGUUUGAUGCAUUGAGAAGUGACAAUCAGCGCGACAGCGUGUCUUGUAAUGAAGGCUAGAGGUGAGGUUUACCGUGAACUGGACCGUGCGAUGGAGGAACUCUGUCAUGCAUUGGUUUAUUAGGCUGACAGAUGAGUAGUUCGUCAUUUCAAACGUAACGAUUCAGGUUUCACUCUUGUACAGAUAAUUGCAUAUGGAUAGCUCAAAUAUGGCAAUAUUUCCGCUCUUUCUGCUUUUCUACCAGUAAUCGAUUCUUUAAUGUAGUGUUCCAAAGUCUGUUUCUAAAUCUUGUGUUUUCCCAUAACUAAAGUGUGACUAUGUAAUUCAUGUUUAACGGUGGUUCAGUCUCCGCUAUAUCCCCAGCCAGUAGUUCAUAACCAGUAUGCGAAUAGAGCUGUUGUCCCAUAUGUUACCAGUUCACGUUAACAUUCUCUUUUCCUGAAAAUAAAUGUGUGGAUACGAAAAAAAAAUGUAAUUUGUAACUUGUUGAAAAACGUGGUGAAUUCGGACCAUGCUUGCCUACUACCUGCAAUUGAUAUACAACUCAUUCUGACUGGUCAUUGCUGAUUUAACUUGUACAGACGCUUCGAGUGCUUGUUCUAGCAGAUGGUGAAUUGCCUGAGAGUACUAGCAGUUGUACACAUAAUUGUACGUUAUUCAUGUUGAGCGAAUGUUAUCAUUUACUCCAUUAACUGGUUUCCAGUAUAACUCACGAAACCCCAUCAUUCACCCAUCGAGUGAUCUAUCGUUUGCUUUUUUGUGUAGAUUAGUUGGACUUGUUGCAAGUUCAUUUGAUUGUUUUUCAAGAUUAUAUAUAAGGGCAGCUACUAAUACAGACACGGGCUUCUCUUGACCUAACGACGGCUGUGAGAUGGGCAGGGCUAGCUGUCUGUCCCUGGCCUGAAACAACUUAGAAUGUACCUUCACGGAGAUCACUGAUCGCAUGGCUGUUCAGUGAACAUCAUCAGAAUAUAGUAAUUAUGGGGAAACAGAUGUCGCUCAGAAAACAUUCAUAGUUCUGUUUUUCUUUUUCUCUGUUUUUUUUUUUAGGACAUUGGUUACCUGUAAUUUUGUCGGGAGAUAUGUAACGGUAAAAUGCCAAGGUAAAGUCGUUCUUUUUUCCUUUUGCAUUUAACAGACGUUAUUUUACAGGCACAUUUCAGACGACUGUAUACCAUGAAGGCAUAUUAGCUUUACCUUCAUGACGGUGCUGCCUAGUGAUUGGUAGUCACGGAUUUAUGUCGCAUUUCGAUCGCGGAUCUGGGUCUCCGGAGAGAUGUAUACCUCACGUUGUGAAUGGUGUCUUACAUUGUAUAGUUUAACUGUUGAUUCUGUACACCUAUUUAAUAUUGUUACCAUUCCUUCUCCAAAAAACCUGUACUCAUUACAUGGCGAUCACGUGAGAGUUGUUAUUCUGUUGACUUAGAAUGCUUUUCCGACAAGACUGGUUUUUUUCACCGAGGUGAAUAGAUUUGUGUUACGAGUAAUCUAAUAUUGGGUUUUGUUGUGCUCUGGCUGAAAGCCUAUUUUAUCGUUGUAAUGCGGCAAUUAUAAACCGGAAUCCACGUGAUUAAUUGGUUUGACGAUAUAGUUUCUUCUGUUGCCAUGCAACACAUUCUUGUACCAUGAAAGAUCUCUGUUGUUGUUGUUUGUCGUGGGCUGUGGUUUUCACAGUGGGAAUGACUGCAAAAUUAGUCGGGGUCGAUCCUUAUUGUGACUAUGAAGGCUGUUCUGUGUUAAAUUACAGCGAAAUAAGCUGUCAAAAUAAAGUAUCACAUGUUGGU